AUGGGUGAUUAUUUAAAAACUGGAACAAUAAAUUAUGAUUUAGAAAUAUUAAAAAAAAAACCUGAAAAGAAAUUAUCAUUUGACAAGCAAAAUUUAUAUCUACAAGGAUAUGGUAGACAAUGGGGUGAAAAAUUAGUAUACAGUGUUGGAUUAGCAUAUGGCUCAGGACUAUUGUUAGGGGGAUGUUGCGGCUUAAUUAGUGGAAUUAUGAAAGGCGGAAAAACAAAAAAGCUAUUUUUAAAUUCAGUUCUUAAUUCUACGUCUGUUAUGGGUCCAAGUGUUGCAAAUCAAAUGGCGUCAUUGACAAUGAUUUUUUAUGCCUUAAAUAAUAUGGUAAAGUUAUUUACAAAAAACGACGAAAUUUACAAUUCUUCCAUAUCAGGUUUUUUAGCUGGGUGUAUAUAUAAAAGCUCCUCAAACUACAGAAUUUUAGGAAGUUACUCUAUACUGUCGUCUGCUGUUUUUUCCUUCAUAGAUUAUAGCUUUAAAAAGGGCUAUGUAUAG